GAUCCUGAUGCCUUAAAGAAGAGUCAAGGUGUUGGUCCAAUCAGAAAAGUUUUGCUAGUUAAAGAAGACCAUGAAGGACUAGGAAUUUCAAUCACAGGUGGGAAGGAGCAUGGUGUCCCAAUCCUGAUCUCUGAAAUCCAUCCUGGGCAGCCUGCUGACCGAUGUGGAGGAUUGCAUGUUGGUGAUGCUAUUCUGGCAGUAAACGGAGUCAAUCUAAGAGAUGCCAAACAUAAAGAAGCUGUAACUAUCCUCUCCCAACAGAGGGGUGAAAUUGAAUUUGAAGUGGUGUAUGUUGCUCCAGAAGUUGAUUCGGAUGAUGAAAAUGUAGAAUAUGAGGAUGAGAGUGGACACCGUUAUCGUUUGUAUCUUGAUGAAUUGGAAGAAGGUGCAAAUUCGAGCUCUAAUAGGAAAGAUGCAAAUGUGGAUGUGAAACCCUCACAAGUGUUUGAUAAGAAGCCAAGUAUCGAUGGACAUGAAAAUGGAGACCUGGGGAAUUCAGUGGAAGCUUCGUUAGAAGACACUGCACCCAAAUUAGCCCGUUCUGCUGAGUCUUUAUCCUAAGAACAAGCAAAAUCACCGGGACAGAUCCCAUCUUUGGGAACAACUGAUAAUCAAUAUUGACUGCUCAAAGUUGCAUAUACUAGUGUAGGUUGUAAAAGGAAGAUUAAAUGUCAAAAGGAACUGUAUUACUGUUGCCUGAAAAAAGGGCGGUUACCUCAGGGCUUCAUUGUGAGCAAUUCUAAAUGUGGAAAACUGUCUUUUGCGUGCCACACAGUAGUUAUCUAACACAGCAUGUGAAAUUAAUUUCUUUUAAUAAUAGAAGAACAAUCCCACUAAAGCGUGGGAUUUCUAGGAAGGAUAACCUCAAU